AUGUACUUGCUUGACGGAUCUGCGAGCAUCGGCGAAGAUGGGUUCGAACGUGCCAAACAGUUUAUUGCGGAUGUCGCCGUUGCUUGCAACGACAGCAACGUUGGGAUUGUCCACUGUAAGUGUGAGUCCAGAACAACCGUCCCCUUAGGCAAGUUCGACGACGUCUUGGAUCUCCAGGAUGCCAUAGGAGAUGUCGACUUCAUCCCCUCAACUACACGUGUCGGCUACUGCAUCAAACACAUGCAGUGCACGACACCUUGGCAGGAUGACGUACUGCGUGUGGUAAUUGUACUGACUGACGGACGGAUAUACGGGACUUACGAUGGGAAGCAUACGGAGGACGUGGCCGCCAUGGCACAAGCCGCUAGGGAUGCUGGGAUGGAGCUCUACGCAGGCGCAGCUGGGAGAAGCGUACUUUUCGACCAGACAGGACUGGAGACGAUCGCCGGGAGCAUGGACCGGGUCUUCAGCACCAUUGAUGAGGACCCCAGUUGGCUCACAGCCAUCAUCAGCGUUGAACACUGUAGUUCGUGCAGUGUGCUGGCAAAGGCGAUCACGAACAAAGUUCCCUAUCCAUGGGAGGAUGAUACAGGACCAAACGAAGGAUCCUGCGUUUUUGAGCCGAGGCAACUGCAGCAGGUUUGCAACGCCCUGACAACAUCAGGCUGCGCUGCCGAACUGCAGUUAUACCAUCAAGCCUUCUGGGACAGCAUUAGUGCGCUAUGGAAUUACACUACAGACCACCUCACCAGUAUCCUGUAUGAUGUGAACACCCGAGUCGAAGAGCUCCUCGGUAGGCUGGAAGAGACCAUUGUCAAUUCAUAUGUAACGGUGCGUGAGACAACGGAAACCGCCAUCAGCGAAGUACGAAACGCAGUCAGCAACAUCAUAGACGCCUCAACCAACAUCGUUCCAGAUCUAGCCGACAUCGUCGACGGUAUCUUAGAAAACAUCCAAGAUCUAAUCUGUAGUCUUAUUGAUAAAGCAGGCCAGCUGUAUGGGGUGGUCCAGGACUACUUUUACAACCUCAUUAAAGAUACAUUUGAACCAUUUAGAGACUUCGUCAACGAUGUGUAUAACUCCCUUGUAAGCACAGUGAAUGGCCUGUUGAGCUCUCUGCCUUAUUAUAUUGAAUCAGAACUGGAGCAAAUCUUAGAGGAGGUUAACUACAUUCGACUGUUUAUGUACUUUGACUGGGUGUUUGGAGGAGGGCUGGACAGUCUGAUCUGCCGCUUCCUUUGGUGGUUGAUUCGGCCCAACCGAAUGCCUUUUACUUACCCCGUGCCUUACGAAAUCCCUGGCAUCCCCCCACUCCCACCUCUCCCACCACCCCCGACAACACCACCCGUAGCACCCCCACCCUACUGA